AUGAUCCCCUUCGAGCAGAUGGGCAUUCAGAACAUAUCUCGCAUAGAUGCCAAUUGCAAGGCUGCCUGCGAGUUUCAGAGCAUGAUGAUCAUUCAGCCUGAAGUAGAUAUGGCCAUGGAUGGUGCUCCUUUCACUGCUUUUGAGCGACCACAAGAUCUUGACAAAUUCAACUCCCACGCCGUCAUGGUUGAGUGCAGUCUCCGGGAGACUUCGGUUCACGUCAACUUCAACUAUGACACCGAGUACCUUGAUCAUUCCCAAGCUUCCAGACUGGUGGAAUAUUUCGACACUGCACUGGGGUUCUUAGUCGCAAGUCAAACCACACGUCUCGAGACAUUCUUUGCCCAACCUUCGGCCGAAGAUAUCAAGCAGAUACAAGCUUGGAACCAAAAACCGCCCUACAUCACCGAAGCCUGCGUUCAUCAAUUGUUUGCGACUCAAGCUCAGAUCCAACCAAAUGCACAGGCAAUCUUUUCUUGGGAUGGACAUCUCAGCUUUUUGGAGCUUGACAAGAAAGCUUCACAAUUGGCUCGAGUUCUUGUGGAUUUGGGUGUUGGCCCAGAGAGCAAAGUAGUGUACUGCUUCGAAAAGUCUCUCUACACUGUUGUGUCUAUGCUGGCUAUCCUGAAAGCUGGGGGCGCAAUGGUUCCCCUCGACCCUGCCUACCCAUUGGAGCGCAAAUCUUUCAUUGUCCAGAAUGUUGCCGCCAAAGUUGUCGUGGUAUCUUCCUCUCAAGCAGAUUCAUUCUCUGGAUCAGAUACUCCAGUAGUGACCGUGAGUCGGGCUCUGUUUGAGAAAAUGGACAAGCUGCACGUUCAAGCCUUCUCGAGCGCAGAAGUUCAACCUCACCAUGCUGCCACAGUUCUGUUCACCUCUGGCAGUACGGGGUUGCCGAAAGGUGUUGUGCAAGAACAUCGCACUCUUUGUUCCACAGCAAAUGCUCAGUCGGCAGGCAUGCAAAUGUUCAAGGGCUCGAGAAUUCUCCAAUUUUCCGCUCAUGUAUUUGAUGUCAGUGUCAUUGAGAUUGUCAACGCACUGGUCUUGGGAGCCUGUAUCUGCAUCCCAUCUGAUGAAGACAGGCUGAACAACCUUGCUGGAUUUGUGACAGAAUCCCAGGCAGACUGGGCCUUCUUCACGCCGUCCUUCGCACGUACCCUUGAUCCUGGCGACCUGCCAAGCUUGAAGACAGUCUGCAUGGGCGGCGAGGCCAUGACCGUCGACAACAUCGAGACCUGGGCUAGUCGCGUCCAACUUAUCAACGCCUAUGGGCCCUGCGAGGGUAGCGUAUGUACUGUGACUCGAAUGAGUAACGUGGAGUUCCUUGUGGGUGACAGUAUUGGCCAUGGUCUAAAUUGUCAUGUCUGGAUCGUGGAUCCCGAUACCCACGAGAGACUGCUUCCCAUUGGAAGCAUUGGUGAGAUCCUGAUCGAUGGACCCAGUGUUGCUCGCGGAUAUCUAGGGGAUCCGGAGAAAACUAGCAAAUCGUUCAUCGCCGACCCAUCGUGGACGAGUAAUUUCAAUUUUGGAGAAGAAUCAAGGAGGAUGUACAAGACUGGAGAUCUCGGCAGAUUCAACUCAGAUGGCUCAGUUUCAUACCUCGGACGCAAAGAUACCCAGAUCAAGCUUCGCGGUCAAAGAAUUGAGCUGGGAGAGAUCGAACAUCGGCUCAUCGACAUCCUCCCAGCUGGCUCUCUUGUAGCCGUUGAUGUCUUGUCUCUUUCGAGAUCCUCCAGCAAGCAUUUGGUUGCGUUUAUUCAGCUUGGCGGUCUAUCUGACAACUUCUCAGAGCGUAAGAACGCUGUUGAUGAUAUGGCGAGCCAACUGAAGACGCAGCUGUUAUCCGUUCUGCCUAUCUACAUGGUACCUGCUCACUUUCAAUGUGUUGAGUCUCUGCCAUUCGGUACGACUGGGAAGCUCGAUCGGCGAAGACUCAAAGAAUACGCCGCAAACUUGGAUACUCUGCAUGGUCUGCGUACUGCUCCAAAUGAGGGCGAAUUCAGAGAAUUCGACUUUGGAGGUAGUCUACUUCCUGAUGAAGACAUCGCCUUGUCUAUCAGCAACAAGUUGGCUGAAUUAUUGUCGAGGAAUGACCCAGAAAGAAAGCAGUCCUUGCGUGGGAGUAAUUUCAACCCCUUCUACGCCGGUAUGGACUCCGUCCAAGUCGUCUCACUUUCUACCUUUGUUCGGAAGACCUAUGGGACAAGUCUUCCGAUCAAGAAGUACAUGAACAGUGCAGCGACUAUUCGGGAUAUUGCUCGGUGGAUCGCUGAGGAUCGCCAGGUUCCCAAACAGGACGACGGACUCGAGCUUCUGGAUGAGAUCGAGAAGUAUGACAAGUCGCUUCCAGCACUUCGGCCCCAAGACACAGCAUGGAAUGAGAAGUUCAGCCCAAAAGCGGUAUUUUUGACAGGAGCAACUGGGUUCCUUGGAAAUCAGCUUCUCUGCCAGCUCUUAGAGCGUCCAGGAGUGUCCAAGAUCGUCGCUUUGGUGAGAGGUUCAACAGCUGCGCAUGCUACCGAAAGACUUUUCUCACUUGCGCGUGGCAGUAGCUGGUGGCGCGAGGCAUACACUUGCCGCAUCGAAGUUUGGCACGGCGAUCUCUCGCUCCCACACCUUGGCCUAGAAGACACGCAAUGGUCUCGACUGGACGGAUCAGGUACUGAGGAUGACUUGAUCGACGCUGUGGUUCAUAACGGUGCAGUUGUCAACUGGAUGGCGGAUUACCAUGCCCUGGUACCUGCCAACACGCUAUCCACCGUUCAACUCCUCACUGCCGUCGCGAGGGCGUGCGCCAGCCGACCGGUGCGCUUUACUUAUGUCUCGGGAGGCCAUCUCUCGACUUCCCCUGACAAUGUCAACGAAGUUGCAGAGGAGCUCAAGUCGUACCCAGCAUACAGCCAGACGAAGUUUGUCUCUGAGAUUCUCGUGGCGCGUUUUGCUCAACGUCUCGCUCAAGCCGGCCAUGGGUCUCUUGUUUCCAUUGUGAAGCCAGGUCUGAUUAUGGGUAGUUCCUCUGAUGGGAUCUCCAAUACAGACGACUUCCUCUGGCGUGUGACAGCCAGUGCCCUUGACAUUGGUCUUCGUGUUGAUGAGGACCCCGGCUCGUGGAUAGCUGCGGCCGGUGUUGACCUGGUUGCGAAGAUUAUCCUGGACAGCUGUCUACUCCAACCCGCCGACUGUGGCGCCAGUGUCUCCAAAAAGGUCUUGAGCGGCAUCAGUCUGAGCGACUACUGGGACAUUGUUGCCGAAGAGACUGGACGUGUCACAGAACCGUCAGACGCAAAGCAGUGGUUGGGCGCCCUGCAGUGUGAGGUGGAGGGCAAGGGGUCGGGUCACAGAAUGUGGCCGGUGAUGCACUUCGUCGAGGAUAAAGGAGGCAUUCUUGGCCAGCCCUUAGGCGCAAUGACGGCUGAAGAUCAAGCCGAACAUCAAGCUGUUGUCCGUAAAGCUUUGCGAAAGAGCUUGCAAUAUCUUGUAGCCAUUGGGUACAUGAACAUCAGCCGAACGAGUAGCGAGGACGGCGACAAUGCCAACGACUGA